UAAUAUAUUUAUCUGUAUAUGUCUAUGUAUGUCUCAAUACGGGAAAGUUGUAAAUAAUUUUCAUUAAAUUUUUGACGAAGCUCCUCAAUUAGAAGCCUAAGUUAAAUAAAAAGUGACCUAAUGAUUACAAAGUGAGUUCUGAAAGUGAUGGGAAACCGUAAAUGGUGUGCCUUAUGAAACAAAAAACUAUCAUUGCGCACGAUCCCCCAACGCCAUUUUGAAGCGAAAUUUUGUAUGUAAGUGCCAAGUAUUUCGCAAUAUUUUCAAUCCUCACCCUUGUUGAGGGGGUGCGUUUGAUAAUUUUUGAUACUAGUGAAUGUGAAACACACCUACGAACGUGCCAGUAUGUGAUCAAGUGCAUUGACGGAUGGUCAGAGUCAGUGGUUGCAUCGAGAUAGCGGGUGGUGCGGAGGAUGGCCCGACCCAACGGGAGCGCUCUCAAUAACUGACGGACGCUGCCGGCUUCCAGCUGGCGCAAGCAAUAAAAAUGCCACGACCUGGCAGUCUAAAAGACCCAGACAUUGCUGAAUUAUUCAGUAGACAUGAUCCGGAGAAGAUCUUUGAGGACCUUCGUGAGAUCGGUCAUGGGUCCUUUGGGGCAGUCUACUAUGCUCGCUGCAAUCUCACAAAAGAGAUUGUGGCAAUUAAGAAAAUGUCAUAUGUUGGUAAACAGAGUGAAGAGAAAUGGCAGGAUAUCCUAAAAGAAAUUAAAUUCCUCAAACAGCUGGAACAUCCAAACACUAUAGAGUAUAAAGGGUGCUACAAACGAGAACAUACAGCAUGGCUAGUGAUGGAGUAUUGUGUUGGUUCCGCAUCAGACAUCAUAGAGGUGCACAAACGGCCACUACGCGAGGAAGAGAUCGCGGCGAUCUGCGAAGGAGUAGUGUGUGGUCUAUCGUACCUGCACAGCCUGGGUCGCAUCCACCGGGACAUCAAGGCGGGCAACAUAUUACUCACUGAGAAUGGCACGGUCAAGCUCGCCGACUUCGGCAGCGCCAGCAUCAAGUGUCCCGCCAACAGCUUCGUCGGCACUCCGUACUGGAUGGCGCCUGAAGUUAUACUCGCUAUGGACGAAGGACAAUAUGAUGGAAAGGUGGACGUUUGGUCACUGGGCAUCACGUGUAUCGAGCUUGCAGAGCGCAAGCCGCCGUACUUCAAUAUGAACGCUAUGUCUGCACUCUACCACAUCGCACAGAAUGAUUCCCCCACCUUACAGUACGUAUUACAGGCGCCGGAAUGGACGGAUACGUUCCGGUACUUCGUGGAGGCGUGCCUGCAGAAGAACCCCGCGGACCGGCCGUCGUCCACCAAGCUGCUGUCGCAUCCGUUCAUCACGCGGCCGCGCUCACCCAACGUGCUGGUGGACCUCAUCCAGCGGACCAAGGCCGCCGUGCGAGACCUCGACAAUCUCAACUACAGGAAGAUGAAGAAGAUACUGAUGGUCGACGCCGAUAACGAGAGUGCUAUAGGGGACAGCGAGGAGACGGCGGAGGAGCGGUCAGGCGGCGACAGCUCGAAGUCGAACUCGGCCACGUCGGAGCACAGCGCGGCCGGCGCCUCCAGCCAGAGCUCGUCCUCCGGCAGUCUGCGCCGCCGCCCGCACGCGCAGGUGAACGCGAACCACCACGGCCAGGCGGCGGCGCCGGCGCAGUACAGCCAUCUCAACCACCAACACUCCGCGCACUCCGCCGUGCCCGCCAGAGCACGCAAGAGCUGGCUUUUCUCAUGUUGCUGUUUCGUACGCAGAGAGAGCGAGAGCCCUCUAGCGGGGGCCCACGACGACUACGUCAACAAGGACGCACUCAGGGACUACGCCAACCGCGACUCGCUGUGUGACGACUACGGCGAUGACUACGCCAACCGCGACGCCAUCCGCGAGGCGCGCGACCGCGACCGGGAACGGGAGCGGGAGCGCGACCGCGAGCGGGAGCGGCCGCCCAGCGACUACCGCGAGUACGUCAACGCGCCCGCCUGGCACGACGCAGACGACAACCGCAACACGCAGCGCAGGCAGACCGCGCGCAGUAUAAGCAACAAUGUGUCGGCGGCCAUGUCGUUGGUGUCAGAACACGGUGCCAACAACUUUGCCACGAUACGAACCACCAGCAUUGUCACCAAACAGCAGAAAGAGCACAACCAGGAGAUGCACGAGCAGAUGUCGGGCUACAAGCGCAUGCGGCGCGAGCACCAGGCGGCGCUGGUGAAGCUGGAGGAGCGCUGCAAGGCCGACGUGGACGCGCACAAGGCGCAGCUCGACCGCGAGUACGAGGCGCUGCUGCAGCAACUGUCGCGCGACCUCGAGCGCCUGCAGACCAAGCACUUGCAAGAGUUGGAACGCAAGCAGAAACAGAAUGCUGCAGCCGAGAAGAAGUUAAUAAAGGACAUUACAGCGAGACAGGAACAGGACAGGAAGGCGUUCGAGACGCAACGCAAGCGCGAGUACAAGGCCAACAAGGAGCGGUGGAAAAAGGAACUCAGUAUGGACGACGCCACGCCGAAGCGACAGCGGGAUGCUACGCUACAGUCUCAGAAGGACAACCUGAAGCAGGCGGAGGCGGCGGAGGAGAUGCGACUGGUGCGGUCCCAGCGCGAGUACCUCGAGCUCGAGCUGCGCAGGUUCCGCCGCCGCCGCAUGCUCGCGCUGCAUCACAAGGAGCAGGAGCUGCUGCGGGAGGAGCUGAACAAGCGACAGAACCAGCUGGAGCAGGCGCACGCAAUGCUACUACGUCACCACGAGAAGACGCAGGAACUGGAGUACAGGCAACAGAAAGGAGUACACGCGUUAAGGGAGGAGCAGUUAUCGAACCAGCACGGCACGGAGCUGGCCAACCAGCGCGACUACAUGCAGCGCGCCGAGCACGAGCUGCGCAAGAAGCACGCGCUGCAGCUUAAACAACAACCCAAGAGCCUCAAGCAAAAAGAAAUGCAAAUCCGCAAGCAGUUCCGUGAAACGUGCAAGAUACAGACUCGUCAGUACAAGGCGCUCAAAGCGCAGAUACUGCAGAUGACUGCUAAGGAGCAUCAGAAGGAAGUGAUAAAAACGUUGAAGGACGAGAAGCGUCGCAAGUUGGUGCUGUUGGGCGAGCAAUACGACCAGAGCAUCACUGAGAUGUUGCAGAAGCAGACCGUCAGGCUAGACGAGAGUCAGAUGAUGGAGUGCCAGCAGCUGAAGAUGCAGUUGGAGCACGAGCUGGACAUGCUCACUGCCUACCAGAGCAAGAGCAAGAUGCAGGCCGAGGCACAACGCAACCGGGAGCGGCGCGAGCUAGAGGAACGGGUCGCCGUCAGACGCGCGCUGCUCGAACAGAAGAUGGAGUCGGAGUGCGCGCAGUUCGUGGCGGAGCGCGCCGAGCGCACGCGCCUGCUGCACGAGCGCCACGAGAGGGAGCUCGAGCACUUCGACAACGAGAGCGCACGGCUCGGCUUCAGUGCGAUGGCGAUCGCGGAAGGCAGCCGGGAGGGCUACGGCGAGGAGGAGCAGUCUCUGUCGGGCUCCAUGUUGUCGCUGGCACACAGCAACUCGUCCGCCAGCUUCGCGGCCGGCUCGCUGUAGUGGCGCCGGCCCCGACCCGCGGCCGAGCCGAGCCUGCCGUUAUCGCCUAAUGCUGUUGCCAAACUACUCGCUUAUACACGUUACGUGUACGCUUUACUAGAUCAUGCUUGUCGUAUUCGUGAUGGAAAAGUUGAUUGUAAUGACGCUCGGCACGCGAUUCCUUCACCGUUCAUCUUUGUGAGUCGAGCCACUGUGAUAAGGCCGAUCACUCUAUGACAUGAUGUAGGAAUCGUAUUCCAACGGCGUCGUCGGUACAACGUACACUGCUGUAUGACCACAGAAAUAUAGAAAAGGAUCGAAACGUGAAAAAUAUUAACAUCGUUUUCGCCAGUGGCGUAUACACAAAUACUAUAAUGUUUGUGUGAAGUAACAAAUAUUCUUGAUCUGAUUAACAAUUACUUUAUGCUGAAAAACCUUAGGUUUUAUUUUGACUCGAUAUCUGUAGAAUAAAUGUUUGCUCAAAAAUAGGGCGCCCCUGCCCUGACAAUGUAAUAUUUCUAUCCUUUUUUAUAUUUUUUGGUAAUGACGUCUGCCAAAUUAGUGGACCCGGGUGUAAGUAUUGUAGAUGGAUGAUUCACCGAGGAUGUUGAAGUGUCACACGCUCAUAGCGCUCUCUAGUAUUCAGAGCGGUUACAUACAAUCGAUUGUUGUUAUUAUCGUUAGCAAUGUUCACGGGCUACCUCAUUAGACUUGUUACGAAAAUUAUAUGUGUUGAUUGAUUGAAUCGUGUGAGUACAUUGUGGUCCGCAGAAGUAUUAUUUCCGAGUAUGGGCACGAUACAAUGUUUUGGCACCAGCAUUAGAACUCCACGACCCAUUCUUAUUACUGAGACUGUCUGCCCUCCCGCGGUGUGUAAAUUCAUGUUAUUUGGCAACAUGUUAUUAUUAAAAAUACUGUUGGACACUGAUAUUAGCCUAAUUUUUAUGUAUUUUUGUUACGUCUUCCAAAGCGAAAGUGUAGCCGUUUCUCUAGCGGCUCGGGAGGGCAUUUCCUAUUUUAUUACACUAUUAAGUUUAUUGCACUCCAUAUUUAAUUAAUUAUCUCUUAGCUACAGUCGAGUCGAGAGUUAUUGGAGAGUGGCAACCCGCAGUAGCGGCUGUUGCUAGUGUGGUCAAUAUUGCGCGUUGCGAGGAGCCAUAAACAUUAUUCUCGACCCACUUGUUAAUGCAUUACCGUGUUUCUGGUGUUUUGACAAAUUAUGUGAACUGAACACAUCUACACUUGUACAUACAUAACAUUAUGUAGGUUUCAGUUAUAUUUUAGUUAGAUGGAUCAAUGUAGAAGUGAAUAAUAAUUUAUUGUAUAUCUUUAUGUACCGCAUCCUUAUUUUAAAAUAAAAUUUAUUUUGAAAUCCUAGAUGUUUCAGCCAUCCAUUGAAAAAUGUGCCUAAUUCUGCCUAAACGAUUUAUCAAAAUAUCGGAAACAGUAAAGUUGUAAUUGUAACAAAAAGAGGUUAUACGCAAGUCUGCCUGUAUAUGUCUGAGGUUAUUUAAAUGAUGCAUCGAUGUGAGAAUGAGACGCUUCUUUUCUAUUAGAUUUACUCACGGUACGACACUGUUCCGUUGGCUUGCCAGCCCUCACGGCCCUAGAACUUUAACGAAACAUUAGUUGUAACGGAGAACUCGAGUAAACGUACGCUGUCAAAGUACUCUCACUACACUUACGCUACUACAUUGUUGUCACACGAUAAUUAAAAUUAACACUUAAAUCUAAAACUUAAUUUAUUCGCGUCUGAUAUUCGAUCUCUUAGACAUAAGAAAUUUUUAUCAUCUCUAGAAUAUUAUUAGACCGUCCAUCGUUGAACCGCAGCACAUGUACAACAACGGAACAGUGUCCAGUAGAGGGCAUGAUUAUAUUUAAAAAUGUAGUAUUCCUGAUCCAAUCUUGUAUAAAUAAAUAUGUAGUUUAUCGUAAGUUUCCACAGUGGUUCUAGCUGAUUUUUCAUCUUGAUGCUCUGAUGAAACAAGAUUGAAAAAUGUCACAAGUGAUUACCACGAGCACGUCAAAUGCUAAGUUAAGGUAAACUUUGUAGUGCAUCCCAGGAAUGUUGGUCCUCAAAGUGUAUGCUUAAGAUGUUUGACAAAAGGCAUUAAUUAGAUGAAGUAGUCAGAGACGAGGCACCGAGCCGCGACCACCCCGCCCCACCUCACUGUUCACAGAGGAUCUUAUUAUUUACAACAUUAGAUAGACAAAAUUCUAAUAUUCAUAUCAUUAGUUUUUACUUUAGGAACCAUUUUUGCAUAUGUUAUAUUAAUGUAAGUUGAAUUUUUUGAAGAGCGGACUGACGGUAUUUGUUUAUUGGCCUAGUAUUGAGUUUAUUAAAUGUUUAAAAAGGUUUUUUAACGAAGUCGUAUAUUAUUAUGCUUAUUUUAGAUCAUUUUUAGAUUUUAAAAGGAUUGUAACACGCUUUACUAAAUCAUAAUAACAAUGUGCAGGUGCCACUGCCGGUUCGUUGUGUAAAUAUAAAGUGUAUGUAUUAUUGUGAAUAUGUAGCGAGCACACGAUUUGCCUUACGGGCGGAGGGGCGCGCCGGGCUCGGCGUUAUGUAUAUAAAGAACAAUAAUUUAAAUAUUAUAAAUAAUUUGUUACUUUUGUAAGGUGCGAGUGCGGUUUUGUGUACAUUGGAAGUGCGACGCGGCGGCCCCCUGCGGGGCCAGACUAUGUGCUAUUUUCUUUAUUUAGUGUCCUAAUACCCUAUCGUAUUGUGUACUAAGCUUACCAGUCAAAUAUGUAUAGCAAAUGUAUUAUUUAAUUUAAAAUGGAUUAUAGUCAUAAAUACCCAAAUUUAGUUAAUACUAUUUUUAAAGUAUUUUUUAUUAUUUUUAUUAAUAUUUUUCCUAAAGCAUCACAUGAUGUGAUCGUAUUAUUUGAGUUUGUUGGAAGAUUCCUGACGGAUUUCAAGUAUCGCAGCCUAAGUCGAUUAGGUAUUAAAAAUAUUUACAAAACAUUUGACAAAAUUUAGCUAUUUUAUGUGAAGAUAUUUACACAAUGCCAUUUAUCCGAAUCAUAUAAUAUAUAAAAGUUGCUUCGAUUUCCUAGAUAAUGCAAGUUGUGGUAAAUGGCUUUGUGGAAUAGAUUUCACCAAUUACUAGAUUCCAGAUUAUCCCCCUCCUAAACUGACCAAAUAUAAGACAAUAAUCUCUAGACACAGCCUAACUUGAGUUGUCACCCUGUCUCUGUACAUAUAUGUAAAAUGCGAGCGCGCGAAGUGGACCUAACCGUUGGAAGUACUAAGUGCUGUUAUGUAUAUAAUAUUGAUUCGGUAAACAAAUCUAUAAACUCUGUAAACUUCGCCUCACUGUAAUGUACCUGCUAACAGUUAUCUUGAUACGAAACUACGCCUAUCUUGGCGUGCGUUAACGAGCCAUCGUUAACACAAUUUUCGUAUUGAAUACAAUUUUCGACAAAAUGGCGAGCGGUAUUCCGCUGCGUUACGUCCACUCUUCGAUCUCAUCAGUUUUGUAGCUAAAGCUCGAACCGAAGCACUAAGGAAUUGAACUGUAAGCUGUAACUUCGCUUGCGUGCCACAGAUGAUCGGUACUUAAAGUUAGGCGCGUAGUAUUUUGCUCGCUGUCUUAGUCCUCAGCCCGACUGUCGGCGGAUUCUACCGCCGGCCACGCGGCACGAGUGUAGGGCGUAGGCGCGUCGUUUUCCUAUUCCAACCUCCCACCACUUAGCUGUUCUAGAGUUAGAUGUUAUCAGUUAUCUGUCACCUUUCAACGGUCACGAUCUACAGAUUAAUUAUUAUGAGAUAGAAGUACCAAACUCGUAGUUAGCGGUCACGUAUUUUGUAAAUUGUAACUAUACAAUUUUUAUAUUUUACCAUUGUAUAGUCUUUUAUCACAGAUAGGUAGUUAGCAAUAUUGUGACCGAUGUGACAAGGUGCGCACGCGCGGCCGCCGGUUAUUGAUUAUAGUUUGCGAUUGUUUGCGGCUCGCUCGGUGCACCGUUGUUUUCUUUUAUUUUUUGUUACAUAAUAUUUAACAAUGAAUUUCUAGAUUCUAACUAUUAUCACUAAUAAUACUGUAAUAUAAUCUGGUUCAUGAAAAAUCAAACCGAAAUAAAUUAAAUGGAAAGAAAAUCA